AUGAGAUUGUGUCUCAUGGAAAGCGUGUCCAUGAAUCUUGCGCGACUGCUAAAGAAGAUGUUCACCAAUAUGUACUCUACCAUAUGGAUCAUGUUCAAUGUUAUCAACGGAAUCGAAAAAAAAAAAAGAAGAAAAAUGCACGACGGAACGAAAUUGGUUAGUGGCAAGCGGGAACGUAGGUAUCGUGACGAUGACUUCCAAAUUCUGAUGGUCAUCUUCUUUGUGCAUGUCGGCAAUUUCCCUGCAUUCGAAUGGCGAAAAUUAGAUCCGUCGGUGAGCAAUCGGGAAAUUUUAUCAUCAAAUCUUACACCGCCUGAUCACGUCCAUGUAACGUUCGACGAACGGUUUGUCCACGCACUCGCUCUACCGUCAUCCCCGUGGACUUUAACCUAUUUCAUGUGCGAUCAGUCCAAUUGGUACUUACCUCAAGAACAAUGA